AAAAAGAAAGUAUUAAGAUCAAUGUUAAGAUCAUUUAAAGAUAAUAACAGCAUAUGACGAUUAAAAUCAUUUUAAAACCAAUGUCUUCUUUACAUGCUCAGCGUAGCCGUUGCCAUUUAUAAACAAUAACUACCUGCUUAGCGACCGCGGACGCGCAAAAGAAGAAAAAUAAACGCAUCUUAAUUGUUUACGAUAACUUAUGAUAUAAAUUUGCAAAAUAUUUUCAGUUUCAAUGUAAUAGAAUUGUUGUCAUAAAACGACUAAUUUAUUAUUUUAAUAGAAAUAUUGUUUUAUCUAUUAAGUGUUAUUGUUUAUAAUCUUUCAUUAAGAAACAAAACUUAUACAUAUUACAAUCGAGUAGCAGCAUUUUUAGAUAGUGUUUUAUUAAAUUAACAUAAUUACCCAACAUUGAAAAUCGACAAAUUUAAAUCAAUUUUGUCUUGUAAAUGACAUGGAUUUGAUUCUGCAAGCACUACUUGCUGCAUAUAGAUGUAACAGUGCGCAAGGUCGCUUUAAUGUUAUUCCGCAAAAUUGUUAUUCAGAAAACAAUUUGCAACAUUAAUUAUUUCGUGUUAGUAACAAAUUUAUUGGCUUACAUUCCAGUAACCAGCCAGCUUGAAAGUCUUAUAAUUAUGUUGAUAGGCCAACAAAAAUGUUUUUAGAUUUGUAUCUAUAAUUACAAUUUUAGUUACAACAAAACCGUUCUUUCCGUGUAAAAAAAAAAAAAAAAACAAGAUCGAGAGCAAUGGUGGAGACUGAAGUGAAAUGAAGUUCCGAAACCGCGCAGAAUAAGGAAGCUGCGAGAAGGGGGAAAAAAUAUUAGAAAGAAAUAAUAUUACUUUCGCUCGUGAUCCACCCGCGUCCUCCGCGGGGUGAAAGUACCGCGCUCUUUACCGCGGGGGCGAAACCUCGGCUCGACUCUCUCUUCGAAGGGAGCGCGGCAUGCGACCGUUUUCUCCGGAUCGAUGGGCGAUUUCGAUCGGCCGGCCGCCAUCGCGACGCGGCUCAGCCGUUUAAUGGUACGACGCUCGGUGUCGCCGCCGCACGCCCGAGCUGUUCGCGUCCGUACGCGAGGGAUGUCACUUUCGCGGUGAGGCGCGGCCUCGCUAUUUUUUAUUUUAUUCCGAGUGAUUUCGUCCCGCUCGCGGCGAAAUUCACGCGCGGACCGGGACCUACGAGAACGGGAGGAUGGCGACCGAUGAGGUGACCGUGACGCAGGAGGCGCGGGAGGCGCAGGAGGAGGACCUGAGAAUCUUUGAGACGCUCUGCAUCUCCUCGCCCCGAAAGGUGGAUCCAGACGACGCUAUGACUCAUGAUCUAACGACCACUUUGAGGAGCGAGUUGGCGGCCCUCGAGUACAAGCGGGACAGGCUUAUGUCUGAGCUUCAGGAAAUGAAAAGCGCCGUGAGAUCGCGGGACCAGAGGGUCGUGGAGCUACAGGUUGAGGCGGAUCAGCUUCGCGAGCAAGCUGCCAGGCAGAAUGCCGUCAUCUCCAGUCUCAAGAAGCGCAUUCAGGAGCUGGAGGAGAGGGAGCGAAAUCUGUAUGCGUCCCAGGGCAGGAAUGAGAUCACGCUACAGGGUUUGCAGCGUGACGUAAAGUACCACGAGGAAAAGGUCAGGGAGUACGACAAGAAAAUUCGACAACUGGAGCACAAUAUAUCCGAGGAGAUUCAACUGAAGGAACGGGCACGUUUGAAUCUGCAGGAUUUCGUACGAAGGUUGGCACACGCGUUGAAUGCCGAGUACUGCGAGACGGCGCAUCACAGCCCGGAGAUGGUGAUUCACAAGGCCGAAGAGCUCGUGCAAGAGGUGAACCGUUUGCGGACGAAGAGCACAAACGUCGAGACCCAGCUGACGGGCGUCGAGGUGGAUUUCAGAACCUGCAGGGACGCUCUCGAUCGCGCGACCACGGAAAAGGAGCAGUUACAGAGACAAAUAUCCGUCCAGUUAGUCGAUAUAGAUCGCUUGCGUCAGGAGAAAGAAUGCCUAGAAAUGCAAUAUAGGGUUGCCGAGAAGGACAUGAACGAUCUGAGAGAUAAGCUUGUCAACGCGAACAGGAGCUUAACAAGCGCGACGGGGAAUAUAUCCAAUCAAGAGGCGCUGAUCUGCCAAUUGCGAGAGGAUCUGAAGGCCCGCGAGGAGAAGACGCAACGUGUACAAAAUGAAUUACAUCAUCUCCUGGAGUCGAUCGCAAUCCUCGUCAGUACGCCAACCCGAUUUGUCGAGUCCCAUGAGAACGCGAUCAAGGAUCGCAUUCGGGAAAUUCUGGCUGACAAUAAGGAUCAGUCGCUGAAAAUACAAAGUCUCCGAGAAAAGGUGAGCACGGCGACAGAGUCGACGAAUCGGCAGAGCGAUUUGGUCGAAUCCACGAUGAUGAAGGUACGCAGUUUAGAGGAGGAGCGCGCCGCCCUGGAAGCUAAAAUACACAAACUUGAAUCUGAACUCACGAGCAGCGAUCUCUCCAGAGAGUCUUUACGCAGAGACAAGCAGACGUUUGUAACCUUCCUGGAUCGACUGGGCAAGGCGAUGCAAAUGGACGAGAUUUCUCAAGAGAUCGGGCUGGAUCUUCAAACCGAGUCGCUGUUGGUGCGAGCCGAGCAGCUGGCCAGGUUGGAGACCGACAAGCUGGUCGACAAGUAUUUGUGCUGCAGCUACACGACCCUACCGAGGAUUCGCGAGCGAUCGUUCCACGAGCUUCCCUGCCUCAAAGAAACUUCCGUGGUUUAUCAGUUGCAACGUCGCGUCCGAACUCUGCGGGAGCAAUUGCAGCGCAGGGACCUGCAUUUAGAUCUUCUACGUAGAAAGCUGUCUCUACAGGAGGAUAGUGUGAGGAUGAAGUCGCUAUUGCAGAGCGAGCGCGACGAGGCGAAUAUACGCGCAAAAAAGCUGGCGAAACAAAUCGAGCGACUUCAGGUUCAAUUGUCGGACGAAAAGUCGCGGAAUCGGGAAUUGAGUGCACAAUUGACGGAAGCCGCGGAUUACAAGAUAGCCGCGCUGGAACGCAGCCGGAAGAUAGAGGAGCUUCAGAAGCGUCUCGUCGAGAGUGAGAUGUUAAGGACGCGUUACAACAGAAAGUUGACGAUGGCGAAGGAGCAGAUGAGGACCGCCACGGAGACAGCCGAUCAGGAGAGAUCGAUAAACGACCAUUCCCUGCAGCUUCUCCGCGACGAGAUGGCUCAGGUCAAGCAAAAUCUCUCCGAGGUCACGAGAAGGGAAUCCCAGCUUCAGAGCUUCCGCGUCUCUGUGGCAAAGCUAUUGUCAGAGCCAAUCUGCACGCCCGAUUACGAGAUCAUUUCGCGGCUGCAGAAAAUGGUCGCGGCUCAUCGAGACUUUACGAUGCUCUCUCGCCGAUACGACGAGCCUUUGGAAACGAGUCCCUCGAGAUGCACCAGUAUUCAUCCAGUUCAUCCGAGAUCGCCCGGUUCACGCUGCACCCGUUACGAGGACAGCGGUUUCGCGGAUCCGCCCGAUCUCCAUGACAUCGACGACGAAUACAACAAGAGGCCAGUGAGGAGCAGCCUUCUUCCGUGACAUCGGCCAAAGUUCAAGUUUUAAGCGUUCCCGGGGAUCGUUAUACGGUCUUUGUGUUUUGUGCAAACCACCUGACUAAAAUGAGGAUUUCGAGUUUCCGAUCUCACGUAGCUGAAUAAUGUCACGCGUGAGAAAAUAGUCUCUCUCUCUCUUACACACACACACACUGUCGUAAAGCGUUACGUUUAUUUCACAUAAACGAGCGACUUCUACGAGAUCAAGAGGAGCUGCUUAUCGGCCAUUGUUGCUUUACGAAUUAGACACGCCAUGAGAUCGCUCGCACGUUAAUCGAGCCUUCUCAAUGGCUCGCCCCGGCGCUGAUUUGGAAAUAGGCAUCAAGAAAUAUCGAUCCAUCGAUAUGGGGAGGGGGGAAUAAAAGAGGGAAUGAAAAAGGAAAUCGAUCCGACGCGUUCGCAUGAAAUCGCAACUUCGCGCUGAUUAACCGGCGGGCGUGAGAAAUUCCUAACGUGUGGAAGUGCGAACGCGUAGACUAUUGGCUGCCAUGGAAAUCGUCGAAAGUGUUCAGUAAAAAUCACGUGUUCGCGUAGUUCUAACUUAAGAUAAUUUCUAUCGGAAAUAUUUAUUCCGAAUUUACUUCGAUUUCUAUAUACGAAAAUACUACGCAAAUAUUUCGGUUGCAUUGCGCAGACUUUGAUUUAUAUACGCAAAUAAAAUAAUUAUUACAAGUAUGCAUGUAUGUGUGUAUGUAUGUCUCUCUCGAAAAAGUUGCCUAGAUGUGCCACUUGAGCAAGCAAGAGAAUCAUUAAUAUAUAUCAAGAAUAGAAUCGGAUAGUGUGAGACUAGUCAAGCGUGUGAACCGAGUGCAAACGACGUGAAAUAUGCGACAAAAUGAAGAUUUUCAGUUUGUGUAAAGAAGCCAGUUUGCAGAGAAAUUGUGGAAGUAAUAUUUGAAAUAUGAAUCAAAGACUGACUAAUAGUAUCUUUUUUGUAAAAAAAAAAUGUAAUGUCUGGUUUUUUCUUUAUUUUUAUCCCGUGCAAUAGAAUAGAACGCGUCUUAAAUAAUCUUACAUUAUUAUGUAAUUAUAUAAAAAAUGUGUGUCUAUUUUAAUAAAGAUACACAUACAAGUGUUCAUAAAAAUUUUUAUGAAAGUUAA